AUGGCGUCCAACGGACCGAAGUGUUCAAUCUGUCUUGAAUGUUACAAUGACGAAGACAAAUGUCCUCGGAUGCUGAAUUGUGGACACAGCUUUUGCUCAAGCUGUCUGAACAGAUUACUCCAUGGUAACACCAUCCAUUGUCCCACGUGCAGAAAUCCAGUUGCAGUUCCCACUGGAGUCCAAGGUCUAGCAAAAAAUUUUGCAUUACUUGAAAUCAUAAACGAAGCAUCCAGAGAGCAAGUUGUUCUCUGCCCGAAACAUAAAGAUCCGUUCCGCUUUUUCGACGAAGAUUGUGGUAUUGUUAUCUGUAGAGAUUGUCACUCCCUUUAUCAUAGCGGGCACAAUUGUGUAGAAGUAGCAGAAGCUGCCUCAAAGUACCGACAGGAAAUGGAAGCACUUGUCACCAAAGCCAGCUCUCAAGCCGAAAAGAUAAAAGCCGCUGAAGCUCUAGUCGGGAGAGCAAGUGUUUCUAUGAAGGAGGCUUGCGAAGAACAGCGUGCUGAACUUCUCGGGUUUUUUGGAGAAGUAAGUCAUGUCUUUGUUAUAGGGUCGACUAACUCAACGAAGCAAGAAUUAUUCCUUAUUACAAGAACCCUAGCAAGUAAUAGUCAGUAUUUUGUUUUUUGAUUAACGGCGUAUGCUAGCAGUUACUGCGAUAAGAUAUAAAAAACACUCAAAGUGACAUGCAGAAACUAAUGAUUGGGGCCAUUGAACUCCCGGACCAUGUUUGAUUUGGAAUAACACUAACUACUCAACUGUUGCUUAUAUUGAAAUAAAAGUUAACAAUCCAAACUUUCGCUAAUAAACGGUAUCAUUGAGGAAUAACAAAACUUUUUGCAAUAACAAUACAGUUUGCCGAAGGACAAUAUGCAAAGAUUAACUUUGGAAUAGUUUCGAGAUAUAAUCAUAGCGUAUGUGUGUUUUCUUAUAGCUUCAUGCCGCUCUAGAUAGCCGACAGCAAGUUCUGAUGGAUAAGUUGGUAAGCCUACUUCUACAAAAGGAAUCCAUCCUCACGGGUCAGCAGGAUCGUCUGCGAUUAAACCAAGUAUAUUUAGAGAGUGCAGUUCAACAAGCAAAAUCCUCCAUCCAAUCUUCUGGCGAUGUUCAAUUCCUUCUCAGCAGGCCGGCUAUGGUGUCUACACUCGAGAACAAAGAAAGCUACUCUUUGGUGCUUGAACCGGAGGCCCAGUUUUUACCGGAGUUCUCGGAGAAGGAACAGAAAAGAGAGGUGAGAAGAAUGACUGUGAUUUUAUUUCUAGCAACGAAGGCCAGACAACUCAAUUUCUUAUCCCGUCCCGAUUUCCGUUGGGUUCCAGAGGAAAACAUGGCUAAUAUAUCAACCAGUUAGAGAUGAAUUUCGUCCAGGCAAUUUUUAACGUUUCUUGUCAACCUUGGUUUGCUAAUGAGUUGUUAAUGCAUUGGUUAAAAUAGCUGUGACUGAUACUUCAAUCUUUAAGGUCCGAAGUGAACGCACAUAACAUCCAAGAGGGUGCUUCUUGUGUUUCACUGUUCCAAACUGAAAAUGAAAAAAGAUGAACGAAUUCAAUACUUUGCAAAAGUAUUAGAUCGUGACGUUUAUUUCUCGAAUACAAACUUCAGAUUGAGUCUAAAAUACUUGAGUCUGAAUCCGAGUCGGUAGAACUUUAAGCCAAACUGAGGCGUUGACACUUACAACAGAUUUAAUAUUGUACAGGAUGAAAACCAUAAAAAUUAACAAAAACGCAUAGAAUCCCCGCCCUCCGCCGAGGACUCCACUAGCAUUAAAGAAACAAAACUCUCCUCAGCCUCCUAGGUGCACUGUGAGAAAAAAGGUGUUGGGAAAGACUCAAAUGAGAUUUGAAUCAUUCUGUUAUGGUUGUCGCAAGUUAAAGUUUUAAUCGGCAGAACUGCUAAGAAACGGAAUUUAUAACAGGCGAAAUAUCAACAUACGAGCGACUUUUAAAGUAGUUUCUUAUUAAACGAGCUUCGAAGAUUUAUACUUUUAUUAACGACUGUAAAUUAUAUUGUAACUUACUGCAAUGAUCUCUCUUAGUCCAAUCUAGGCCUUUUGUUUGGAUUUAGAAAGUCGAAGGAUUCAGUAAAGGAAGCUAUCCAGAGCGCAGGCGACAUCAGUGACAUAUCAACCUGUACAGCAAACACUAUUGCGGUUGGCGAGGGGACAAAAUUCUUUAUCUCUGGACAGAAGGCGACAUUCACUAUUUUAUCUCGCGACAGCCAAGACCGUCAACGCAAUCGAGGUGGCGACGUUUACGCGGUGGAACUAAAAGCAAAUAAGAAGGAAAGAUACAAGUUUAAGGUGGAUGUAAAAGACCAAGACAAUGGAACGUACUUGGUGGAAUAUACUAACUACCGUUGUGCGUCUCUUCUCUGUUUACUUCCCUCGUUUGAUGAUUACACAUUGUCCGUGUGCUUGCGAGGUGCUCACAUCAAAGGCAGCCCUUUUGUUGUAAAACGCAAUUAGUUUUAACUGCACAUGGUACAAAAAUACAAGAGGGCACAAAAGCUGAUUUUAGGAGGAUACCGAGACUCGUUUAAAAUUGCAGGGGAAAAUACCCACAAAAAUGCGGUAUUGUUGUCUACAUAUUGGCAUUACUUUUCUUUCUACAUUCAACAGUCUAUAUUUUUCACUUUUCGCUUGAAUUACCGAGGAAGAAAUUAAUUAAGAGAGGCCAUCUCAGGUGUAUCCCAAGUUAAAAUCAAUGUACAAUAUACUACCUAUGAUAGUUUUAGAUGGGUCUCGAAAAUUAACUCUCGACUGGGGGGUUGGUUGAGGGGGGUGUUUGAACUGAUUAUUCUAAAAUUCUCUCAGUCUGUGUUCGUUUAGGUUAGUUUUGAUUGACAUGAGAUUGUUUUCUAAUAGGCAGUGGCUAAUCAAGGGGAGGGGCAGGCCUUAUGUUUUAGACCAAACUGAGGCCCGAAGGCCGAAAAAAACUUUCUUUGAGACCAACGCCCCUUAUCUCAGGGUCUGGAUGACCGCCCCCCUUAUCUGAAGCUCUGGACCCGCCGACUUGCACUUUUAUACUGUAGCAGAGUGCAAUAUUUACUGUGGAAACCCACUCUAUGAACAUAGGUUUAUUACGGACAAUUUCGUCUUUUACGAUCCGAAAAGGUCAAAUAUUAUCAACUCGCUUUAUUGAGCUAUAUCAGUGGUCGAAGCGUAUGCAUCUUUGUGGCUCUGUGGCUUUGUCUGUUUGGAUGUGUGUUGCAGGGGCCAAUAAGGUUGAAGAUAUUGCGUCAUUUAAGCGAUAUCUUAAAGCUCACAAGGGUCAGGGUGUAGUGCUUGUAAAUUUUAGACUCUGGUUUUAGCCAUUUUGUAGAUCUAUUUAUAGUUAGUAUUUUAUCAGUAGUAAUGUAUAGGUUACUAGCACAAUUUUUUUUAUUUAUUUUUAAUUUUCUAAUUUGUAUACACGUACACGUUUUAACGAGAACUUUAGUGCUCCUGGGUGUUCCGUGUUUAAAUAAAGGAUUUGAUUUGUUUUGAAUUUGAGACCGUUGAAGGUACUAUGAUUUGAUUGCUUAUAGGAACCAAUGAGAUUUUGGCAUCUAAACUUGACAUUACUGCGCUAAAGGUCAAACAAGGGCACUUUGAGACAGCCAUUUUGGUUCUUCACAAUUUUGUCGUCUUCUAUUAAGGCUAAACGUGUUCAGAAGCAUAACAUUUAAAUAUCUUCUUGAUUCAAACGGUGAGAACAGUGAUGCAGCUAUCAUGAGUUGUGUAAGGAUUCAUAUUUUAUUCUUGCUGCUGGUUUAAGACAUUUAAGACCUAAUUCGGCUAUGGCGAACGGCAUAAUGUACGUGAAUUAUCUUUCACCUGCUUCAAAGGGAAAUACAAAAAAUCAUAGUUUUCAAUGGUCUACAAAUGAAACGUCACUUAACAAUUGGUAUUUAGAUCAUUUAUUAGUAAAUACCAAUUGUCAAUAUGAUCAGAUUGUCAAUAUAAUAUUGACUUUUACUUGGAAGUAUGCGGAAUUGUGUCUUUAGAAGCUUGAACAAGAGCUGAUUUUUUUAAAGGUGUACCGAAUAAAUAUAAUUCUGUAAACAUGCUUCAUUCUCUCUCGUACAAGGUUCAACAGAUCUUUAAAUUCACGUUCCGGCAACUUAAGUGCAACCAUAUCUGAUACAUGUUUGCUGUCAUAAAAGUAAUUAAAACAUAGUAUUUAAGUUGCACAGGGGCUAAGUAAAGAUGCGUAACUUUUACGUUAGCGAAUAAACUUGGAAGUAGCCAGUUGACGAAAUGAUUAGAGAUUAUUUCAUUGAGUGGUAUAACAUGAGAUAAGUAGAAAUCAGUAUUUCAGUUGUGAAACAUUCCGUUAGAAGUAAACUAAUGAAUGAUGCAUAAUUUUUUUGCAAACCCUGAUGUUCUUUUCUGAGAGCCUGCUUUAAUAAUACAGAUACUAUGGCAUAUACCCUUGUUUGAUGGCCACAAAAUUAUUGGAGAUAUUGGGAAUUUUUCGCUGGCUAGAUUUUGAGAUUUUGUAACGUAGUGCAAUUGUUAUAAUUCCUAUUCUUGAAAAUGACGGCAUCAUUCAACUUUGGAGCUUGUAUUAUGUACAUAUUGCAACAGGACAACCACUUUCUGUUUUUGAAGGGACAUCAUCAAUGGCGGAAUUGAAGACUCUACGAAAACUAUACCUGAUAGGGCUUCUAUUCACACCAAGAGAGAAUGAGAUAGCAUGUUCUCUCUUGUUCAUACAUAACAACGCUGAUUUCGGCGCGAUUCACUCUGUAACUGAUCGAAACUGUACCACGCCGAUCUCAAAAGUGAAGCGUCACACAUCGUAGUGUGAACGGGUAUUCGGACCGUUGCGGAAGUGGAUCAUAAGUAGGUGCGAAGUCUGGAAACCACUGAGACGGAAGUAUUGAUAUUAAGGAGUGAGGAGUGAGGACUGGAAUUUAGUGCACCAAGCCCUCUCGGCCAACCGCUCUGACAUGACACAGUUCGCAACAACAAAAGAGGAAGUGCCGACGGCGGAGAGAUCCUGAUCAAAAAGGUUCUUACACUUACUUUCAGUGAGCUUUUUGCUUUAAUUAAGGUGGGCAAAGUUUCUUGUAAGGCAGUAGAGUCGACUAAUACAACUUAGGCUGCCAUCGCUCAGUCGGAUCAGCUCGAUAAGGUAUUUCCAAAUCCAAGCAAAUCCAAGUCGAGUCUAGAUCUGUCGAUGAAUUAUUGUUUUGUUAUUUAAAUGUAAGCUUUUCAUCAGUAUUGACGGUACUUAACGCUAAGAUUACGUAAAUGAGAUCAUAAUAGUUCAAACAUUUUCACGCGUGUGGCAUUCCUCACGUGGUUGGAUGAUGACAACAUCGAAAGUUCUCGGUUCGGUUCCGCUUCAUUGUUUGAAAUCGAAGCGUUUCCAGCCGGAUGACUGUGCUAAGAACCUCUGGCUUUGUACCAGCCUUUUACUAUUUGUUAUGACUUUAUUAGAAGUAUAUCACACUGUUUGGGCUAUUGCAUUUAAUACCCGUACCCCGCCUCCCCCCGGUUGACGAACCAUGGAAUUCUUCAGGGGUAGGUUUCUUUAGGGACUUUAGGGGUCGAGUUAAAAAAGCAUGAAAUUCUUUGGGGGUUGAGCCUUAAUUUUCACGAAACUCUUUACGGGUAGACCCACAUUCUUCAGGGGUAGGACCUCAGGGGAAAAACCUUAUUUGAUGGAGGUCUUAAGUGAAUGCAAUUUUUCGAAAUCUUCAGGGGUAAGACGAAAAAAUAAGUCCUCAACCAGGGGGUACGGUGUACCGUGAACGUCAAUGUACGAUGAGUGUGAAGGCCUUACAAAAACCAUCACAAUGGCAUCACCUUUCUAGACUCCACUGGCAAUGACACCUUAGCCUGUUCCCCUGAGGCGUUCAGAUCGUGGGGCCAGCGCAUUUUUUUUCUCGCUCUCUUACUUCGCGCCGCACUCCACCAUCCGAACGCCUGGAACAGGCCAAUGAGACCUUUGAUUUGUAAUUUUUACUGUAAGUGUUCGUAAAAAGUUUCAUAUGCAUUUUAUAUUCAGUGAAUCAGUACCCUGCGAAGCAGGGUGUGAAUCAGCUAUUUCUGCAACAAUUUAUGUUGUAAAACUUAUAUUCGCAAACAUUUUUCAAAACUUAAAUUGAAGAUAAGUGAACAAAGAGCUGACUUUUGUGUAGUGAGGAAAAAAACUGCCAGCCACAAUAAUCAUGUCGAUGACACUUACGAAGACGUGAAUGAACCUUAAGAGGGUCGAUAAAAAUGUACCGAAUUUGAGAAAUCGCUCUUUUCUCAUUUUUUGUCGUUCUGAAAAUUACUUCUUCAUUCUGAAUUAUAGACAAUGGCAUCCAAGGAACCGGAAUGUUCAAUCUGUUUUGAAGGUUACAAUGACGAAAAUAAAUGUCCUCGGAUGCUGAGUUGUGGACACAGCUUCUGCUCGAGCUGCUUGAAAAGGUUACUUCAUGGUAUCACCAUUGAUUGUCCCAAAUGCAGAAAUUCAGUCGCAGUUUCUACUGGAGUCAAUGGCCUGUCAAAGAAUUUUGCAUUACUGGACAUCGUGAACGAAACGGCACCCAAACGAUAUGUUUUGCCAAAUACCAGAGAAAAGAGGCCUCUGUCAGUAGGGAAUAGAAGUAAGGGCUCGCACGAAUGUGAAGCUUGCGAUAAGAAACAUCCUGCAAAUUUCUGCUGCCUGGACUGCAAAGAAAACAUGUGCAAAACUGCUGCUCAGUUUCAUACUCGCAACAAGGCAAGUCGUGACCAUCGGGUUGUUUCCCUGGAGGAGCUGAAAGCAAACCCACAGCUUGCUUCUGUAUCCCUCAUCUGCCAAACACACAACGAUAAAUUCCGGUUUUUCGAUGAGCGGUGCGGUCAUGUUGUUUGUAGGGAAUGCAUCGCUGUCGAACACUUCGGUCACGUUUGUUUACCAUUAGCUGAAGCUGCCUUUAAGUACCGAGAGGAAGUGGAAGAUUUAAUCAAAGAGGCCAACACCCUUCUUGGUGAAGCUAAGGUCGUAGAAGAUGAAAAGAUGGAGACGUAUUCGAAACUGAAAAAAGCUCAUGAACAGGGGGUAAUGGACAUUCAAAGCUUCUUCAAAGAGGUCUGUUAGAGUCACUUUGUUAUUGUGUUCAGAAAAAGUACCCAACUUUUGAAUUGCCACCUCGAGCAAUCAGUAACAAGGGCUAUAAGGCUACGUUCACACCCCGGGUUCACAAGGCAUCGGAAGAAUUUUCAUCCGGCUGAAAAGUUUGAAUGGACACUUUAUUUACACGUAGGCGUUCAAUAUUUUCAAAACUGACAAACCAGGUUGAAAUUGAACUUUUUCAGUGGUUUGACUAUCUGCCCAUGCACAAAGUUGCAUCUCCCAACAGAGCUACAACGUAUCCAUGGUUAUUGUAUUCACACCUUGCCGGCCAAAUUUUCGACCGUACCGGCUAAAAAUACAACCUUGAUUUUGGCGUUCAAAUUUUUGAAGGGUUAGGCACGAAAUUAAGAUGGUUCCAAUGGAACGGAACACCUAAACGAAAGAAUUUUAAAACCGGUUGAAAAUUCGUCCGGUGCCAAGUGAACGUAUCCAUAGUUUACUUUUGCCAGCGUGCUCGCAAAACGCGGGGAAUAUCGAUGAAGGCAUCAAUUUUUAGAAUCCAAGUGCUGAAACUAGUAGGCAGGAAUACUACGCGAAAUUUUUCGCAGCUUUCUGAUUCAUAGUUUGCUGAGAUAAGAAGCAUUUACCUCCAAGAUUUUGACUAUGACGUUGCAUUAUAACACUCACCCAAAAAAUGCCUGAGAUUAGAUGUUAUCGCUGAUUUGUUUGUUAUGGCAGCUGCACAGUGCCCUCUCUACAAGAGAACAAGAUCUAAAAGUUUAUCUCAACCAAAUCUUCAAGUCUGAGGCAGACUUCCUUAAAGAGCAGCUGGAACGCCUGCGCUCAUGGACGACUGUCCUUGAGAGUGUCAAACAGCGCGCAGAGUCAACCAUUCAGACCUCAAGCGAUGAGCUUCAUAUUUGCAUAUUGAAUGCAAAAUCCGAGCUGGAAAAUGCCAUAGACAGCAAACCAGAACGAGGACAGCGAGACCAAAGAAGCGAAGCAGCUCUCAGGAUAGUUUGCGAC